AUGCACGCUUUACCCUCCCCUAUUACCAUCGGGCGUCUGGCGCCUCUUGCGGCCCGGUGCCAUCCGCCACCCCUCCGCUAUGCGCUCCUCUCCCCUGGCCUCACUACUGCAUCUAGGCGCGCCCUCUCCAGCUCGUCUUCUCAUGGCAAUGUCUUGACGGGCAAGAAGACGGAUGAGAAGUCCCCGCUGGGGCCCGGCUCCGAGGGCCUGCAUCUCAAGGACAUGCCUCAGCAGGCGCCCCCCACUCCUGCCGCCGCGAAGGAGAUACGCGGAGACUGGGUGCUCUUCCACCCCGUAUACACUCCAGAGGAGCUACGUUCGGUUGAGGUGCUCCACAGGGAAGCCAAGACCAUGUCAGACAAGGUGGCGUGGCUGUUCGUCCGCCUUGCGAGGUGGGGCUUCGACCGUGUCUCGGGAUACAAGCAUAAGCCCAUGCCUGCCAAUGCAGACAAGAUGUCUGUCGAAGAGCUUCGCAAAGGGGGCUACCUCAUGGACGACUCGCAGUGGCUCAGGCGCGUCCUCUUCCUGGAAACUAUCGCCGCCGUCCCCGGAAUGGUAGCUGCUGCUCUCAGGCACCUGCGCAGUUUGCGUCUCAUGAGGCGCGAUCAUGGCUGGAUCCACACUCUUCUCGAAGAGGCGGAGAACGAGCGCAUGCAUCUCAUGACUUUUAUGACUCUCAAGAAACCGUCGCCCUUCUUCCGACUGAUGGUCCUUGGCGCUCAAGGCCUUUUCUAUAACACCUUCUUCUUGUCUUAUCUCAUUUCUCCCAGGACAUGUCAUCGCUUCGUCGGUCACCUGGAGGAAGAGGCCGUGAUCACGUACACUCGCUGCAUCCAGGAGAUCGAGGCCGGCCGUAUCCCUGAAUGGACCAACAUGCCCGCGCCCGAGAUCUCAAAGGACUACUGGCGGCUCGCGCCCGACGCGAAGCUGCUCGACGUCAUCUACGCCGUCCGCAGCGACGAGAGCACGCACCGAUUCGUGAACCACUCUCUCGCGAAUCUCGACUACCACACGGACAUCAACCCGUUCGCGCUGCAGGAGCCCGACAUGAGCGUGAAGGGGUCCAAGAUAUGCUUCGAGCGGGACGACUCGGCGAAGUUUGUCGAGGAGGCGCACAAAAAGCUUGACGCCCCGUCUGAAACCAAGUGA